AUUGGGAGGAGAGAGAAGAAUUAGAAACAGCGAGAAUAGAUCCGAGGAAAUUGUCGGAACCAGAAGGAGGAAGAUGGGAGAUAUCUGGGCAUGGCUUAUUUCCUUCUUCUUCCUCAUCGCUCUUGUCGGAAUCAUCGUCUAUCAGCUUGUUUGCUUAGCCGAUCUCGAGUUUGAUUACAUCAACCCUUACGACUCUGCGUCGAGAAUAAAUUCAGUGGUUUUACCGGAGUUCAUUGUUCAAGGAGUUCUAUGCGUAUUCUACCUCCUAACAGGGCACUGGGUCAUGACACUCUUAUGUCUCCCCUAUCUCUACUACAACUUCCAACUUUACUCGAAACGACAACACUUGGUAGAUGUCACCGAGAUCUUCAAUUUGCUCAACUGGGAAAAGAAGAAACGGCUGUUCAAGCUUGCUUACAUUGUCCUUAACCUCUUUCUCACUAUCUUCUGGAUGAUUUAUUCGGCGCUGGAUGAUUACGAGGACUGACUAAUGAAAACAUGGUCCAUCUAUCAUCUGAUUGACACUGCGCUUAAAGAUACAGCGACAUGCUCGUAGACAUGAAAAAAUGAAAGGAAAAGUGUUUGCGUUGUUAUAUGAUUCGAUGUUUGUAAGAUUAGUGGCAGGAAGAUUUGUGUAUCUAUUUCUUUCUUAGAAACAUGUUCAGAUCCUGACUCCUGAGUUAACUGUUUUUGAUGUUAUGUCUUGAUCAUUAGUUCAAGCUAUCGAGCUCGUAAGCUACUGUGGUUACAGAUGCAAUGAAACUGAAUGAUUUCA